AUGACUUCUUUGCAACGCGCUGGGGAAAGUACAUAUGGCGGAGUCGUUUCCCCAAAGUACGCCAUCCUCACUUAUACCUGGGGCCGGUUCAGGGCACCAUCGGGAAGUCCAGCUCUGAAAAUCAAGGGUGUGACAUGGCGAGUUCCACCAAUUCAGGAGCAGCACUUCACUGUAAACGCUUUUCAGAACUUAAUCGCUGUCAUGGGCAGAACUGUCGACUUUGCCUGGAUAGACGUCUGUUGCAUCGAUCAGGAGGACACGGCCACCAAGAUGUUCGAGGUGGGAAGACAGGCUGGUAUCUUCAAGCAAGCCACACAUGCCUAUGCUUGGCUCAACUUUCACACCCAUGAUCAGCUGCAAAGCCUUUUCGACAACAUUUUUGACCUCGACAGUGUCAUCUCUGGAUGGGAUCUCUGGGAACUUACCGAGAUUGAGAAGCAGUCGGUGUUGCCAAAAUUGCAACGGGUUUUCUCUGACUUGCAGUCACUUAUGCAAGACCCCUGGUUCACUUCUCUCUGGACAUUGCAAGAAGCUGUGCUCAGAAGAGAUGCCAUGAUUCUCUCGUCUGAGGGCCGACCGCUGAGCCUCAAGUUUCGCCGUGAACACAGCAUCCGAUUAGAGAUGUUUUGCAACUCAUGUUGGAACAUGCAUGAAGAUAUCGUCGGCCUCGCCGCGGAAUGGCCCUCGAAUGCAAUUUCACUUACUCAGCAACUUCAGCAUCUAAUUCGAAAGUCUGGCUUGUUCUUCACUAUGACCAAUAAUCCGAACGUGCAGUACGGCAUGGCUCAUCAUCGGGUUACAAGACAUCCGCUCGACCGUGUGUAUGCAAUCAUGCAGAUAUACGGCUUCCGACUCGGCGAAUCACUCCACCCUGAAAUCCCAGUCACUCUUGAUGAGUUGGAAUUACAGUUGGCAGAACAGUUAACAUUUCGAUCACCUAUGUUGUCGCAAUGGUUCGUACACACCGCGCAGCCAUCGAAAGAUUUCAUGCUCUGUACUUUGCUCUGGACAUCGUUUCUCCGGGCGCCGCAGACACCGUUAGAACACCUCGAAAAUUGGAGUCCGAUCUGA